AUUGAAGAGCAGGUUCAGCGCUGGAUCGUUUCCUGCUGAAGACAGCUGCGGAGCCACUGUUCCCCACCGUACCUUCACGUGAUCAUCCAUUGCUGUCUCCUCCAAUCAAGUUUCCCCAGUGGUGUCUUCUGCCAGUACUAUCCCCAUCUGAAUCCAGAACAAUGGUUAUCUCCUUGAGUCACCAACCAGCGAUGGAUAGGAGUAAGAUGACUGAAACGUUGUUAAACCUCACCUUGGAGAUCAUCUACUAGCUGACUGGAGAGGGUUUCUUAAUACAUAGGACUACACCAUGGAGAAGAAGACAUCUGAUAAAAAGAUGAACCCUAACAGCCAUCCCUGUGUGUCAGGAGAAUGGAGCAGGCCCCAGUCUCCCAUCAUGGAGCCUCUACCUCAAUCACUGCUACACGAGAGAAACUGUAAGCAGAAGAUCCUAGAACUCGCCAACAAGAUUAUUGAGCUGCUGACUGGAGAGGUUCUUAUAAGGUGUCAGGAUGUCACAGUCCAUUUCUCCAUGGAAGAGUGGGAGUAUUUAAAAGGACACAAGGAUCUGUACAAGCAUGUCAUGAUGGAGGACUACCAAACCCUUGCAUCACCGGAUGAAUCGAGUAUGAAGCAUCCACCAGAAAGAUGUCCCAGUCCUCUGUAUUUCAAGCACUAUCCAGAGGAAAAUCCCAGUGUCCCAGAAAAUGAGGGUGAAGAUUUGAUUGACAUUAAAGUUGAAGUUAUUACAGGAGACAAAGAGAUAUAUGUGAGCGAUGAUCACGAGUGUCAGGAGGAGGAGAUUCCUGUAGAUAUAAGCCCUGCAGUUGGUUGCAUCAAGAGCUUGGAAGACAAUGUCAUUACAUCUAUAGAUUUGGAGGAAACAUAUGAAGUCACUAGGUAUUCACCAGGAGAUAAACCCAUUCCCCAAACUAUACAUCCAGAACUUCCCAGUGGAGACCUGUUCACAGCAGAGGAACUUCUUCUGGAUCAGUCACAGCUUGAUUGCACCCAAAGUACAGGUCAAAGAGAUGAUAAAAUAUUUCCAUUUAAGGAAUUUCGUAAUCAUUUCAUGCAUUCAAUUGAAGCAGGGUUGAGUCCAUAUUUGUGUUCACAGUGCGGAAACUGUUUUAGCCAGCAAUCCUAUGUUACUGAACAUCAGAAAAUUCACACUGUGAAGAGGCCAUAUAUAUGUUCCGAAUGUGGAAAGUGUUUCAGAUAUAAAUCAGGUCUUAACGAUCAUCGCAGAGUUCACACUGGGGAGAAGCCAUUUUCAUGUUCAGAGUGUGGGAAACGAUUUACUCAGAAAUCGGCUGUUCUUCAUCAUCAGAGAAUCCACACAGGGGAGAAGCUCUUUUCAUGUUCUGAAUGUGGAAAAAGUUUUGUCCAAAAAUCAGCUCUGUUCAGACAUCAUACAAUUCACACAGGGUUGAAGCCUUUUCCAUGUUUGGAAUGUGGGAAAUGUUUUUCAAAAAAAUCAGGGCUUGUUCAGCAUCAGAGGAGUCACACAGGGGAGAAGCCAUUUUCAUGUUCAGAGUGUGGGAGAAGUUUUUCCCAGAAAUCAGAUCUUGUCAAGCAUGUUCGACUUCAUACAGGGGAGAGGCCGUAUACAUGUCCAGAAUGUGGGAAAACUUUCAACCAAAGCUCAGAUCUUACUCAGCAUCUCAGGAUUCACACAGGGGAGAAGCCGUUUGUAUGCACUCAAUGCGGGAAAUCUUUUAUUCGGAAAACAGUUCUUGAUAAACAUCUUAAAAGUCACACAGAGGGGGAACAGUUUCCAUAUUCGAAAUGUGGGAAGUUCUUUACCCAGAAAUCGGAUCUUAUUUCCCAUGAGAGAAGUCACACAGAGGAGAUUCCACAUUCAUGAUCAGAAUGGGAAAACAUUUUCCAGAGAAAUCAGAUCAAACUCACCAGUGGAAAACUCUUUGAGGCAAACAGCUGUUUUCCUGUUCAAAAUGUGGAAAAUGAUGCAGAAAUCAUGACUUUUUACUUCAAAGAAUUCACACACGUUAGAAGCCAUUCAUGAUAUUAACCGGAGUGCAGUGCAGUCUGCAGGCAUGAUUGUGUAUGCCUAGGAUCGACUAUUAAUGUGUGAUAGUGGCAAGACCUACACUGUUCAGUAGUAUGAAGAAACCCUUGGUAUUCACUAGAGUUCUGCUGCCCCUUCCUUGUUUAUUCAGACACUGGCUUAUUGUCCAUAUGUACAGCUGGGCCUUGAACUCCUGAUGGACAUCAGUGCUACUUCUUAGCCACAUUUGUAGUACCCAGCACAGCCACGCAUGUGGACACCCCCCUUUACCUGGCAAAACAUUGCAGCAGCACUAUAGACAUUUCCUUCAGCUGAUUGGUGGGUUUCUUGUAUGGAACAAAUUUAUUUACUAAAGAUUUCUGCAGCAGAUCCCAUAUAGGUGAAUAUACUCAAAGGCCUCAUGCAUGCAACUGCGUCUGUUUUGCGGUUUGCAAAAUAUGGAUGCUGUCCAUGUGCAUGCUGCAUUUUGUUACGGACCCAUUAACUUCUGUACUUGUCCGCACACUGCGGACCCAUCGAAGUCAACAGGUCCACAACAAAACAUGGCAUGCACACAGACCACAUCUGUAUUUUGCAGAUCCACGGUUUGCGGACCACAAAACGGAUACAGUCGUAUGCAAGAGGCUAAAGACUGUGGUCUCCAAUAUUUAGUUUCCCAGUUUUUACAAAAUGACAGCUUCCAGUAUGGCCUGGCAACCUGUGACAAAGUGUAAAAAAUAUAUAAAAAAUGUUAAAAAUGUAUCCUAAACAUAUGAAAAUGAUGCCCCAGUCUUUGGCCCUUCACCCUAUCAGCUCUGCCACACAGUGUGCUGUCUGCAUCUUUUGCAGCCCCAUUGAACUCAAUGUGUCCGCAUCCAAAGCAGAACUGUUGUGGACAAAAACCACGGUCAUGUGCAUGAGCCCUUAAAGAUAAAAAAAAACUCCUUUAGGAAUAUUCUCCACCAUGGAUCUGUG